CACACGGUGCUGCUUCAUGCCGUGGUCCUAGGGUCACCACUGUUGCUUCUGUUGUAUGGCUCGUCUCAGUGAAAUCUUCAGCAAGGUUAUUGCUAUUCGUAUCAGGCGGGGAGACAAAGCCACUCGAGCGCCGCACGAUAGCUCCGUCGCUGCAGGCUUGGGUGAUGUCUCCCCACGAAUGCUUGCUUCGAGCUCGUCCCAGACCUCGCCCGCUUCGAAUCAGCAACUUUCGACGGUCAUUCCCCCCUCCGAGGCUUCCCAUGCACUAUAUGGUCGUAGUGUCUCCGAUUCCAUUCAGAUAACUUUACCUGUGGUACAAGAAGCUGUGGGCGUAAUCCCAAUCGCUGGUGAGACCGCAACCAAGUUGAACAAGAUGCGAAGCCGCAUGCGUGGGUCCAUACUUUUCACGCAAGAAAUAGCUGGAUGUUCCAGCAAAAUCAAUGAAUAUCUUUCCGAAAUUACGGUAUUGUCCCAAAUGCAACUUCAGACCGGCGUCACCACCCUCGGCCAAACUCAGCAGACACAAUUCGAAUCUAUCAUGCAAGUUCUGAUGGCACUAGAUGCGAGACACUUACCUACAACCAUCGCCCCUGGUUAUGUGAUAAUGGUCGAUGCGACAGGACGGGAGCAUAACAUGCUGCUUGAUCGGUGCAGUUCUUUUGAUCGACUGCUGGCCUUUCUGCCUGGCAUACUGCACCAAUGUCGGCCAGAUGAAGCUGAGAUCCAACAGUGGUAUAUUGACAAGGGACAGUAUGAUAUUGUGAUUGACGACGGCACUAACGUAACUCAACUGACAAGGGAGAGUGAUGUUUGGUCAACUAUUCAGCCAGGGACUAAAAUUGUCAUGAGGAUUAUUACCGUAGAAGCGGUCUGGAGCUUUUCUGCAAGAUGUCGGUGCCGCUGUGGGAAAUGGAAUGAUGUCGAGGUUGACGGCGCCACACUCAUGGAUGCAUUGAUAACGGGCACCCGAGAAGAAGACGUUAGAAGCUGGCGGGGGAGGAGAUCACAACUCAGCGAUGAUGCACGGAUGGAAGUAGCAGAGAGCCUCAUUCCCAAUUUUGUGGUGAAGCAAGUGGUGUGUUGGACCCAAUAUAUGCUUGUGUUUCAACACUACUGACGUUUUGGGCUUGCAAAGCUACAGCUGGUAUAGUGUGACAGCUAAUUUGCGCGCAGUUUGCUGACGACCGCAUCACUGUUCCAUGCCUUCAGAACGUGGGUGGCCGUGCAUUUUAGGGCGUUUGCCGUUUGCUGACCCAUAGUUGGUAUGGCCCACGCACAGCGAGUGC